GCAUAAAUUAAAUCUGAUCCUAAUCAUGGCAUUAACCUCCGUUAAAAUGGCCGCUGACGUCUAUUUGGUUUGCUUGCAACAUGCUUUAUCGACCGAGAAAGAAGAAGUUAUGGGACUUCUUAUUGGAGAGAUUCCUGUCUUCUAGGGGCAUCAGGACUCCUGGCAAUGGCCGUUAUGCCAGGUGACCUUUCCUGUGGCUGGACGGCACCUGUGAGGAGAGCCUCUGAUUGGAUGGAGUUGGUGGCACCAGAGCAGAUGACCCACAAUGAAGCGGACCAAGUCAUCUCUUGCAGGUGACCGAAUGGUGCCAUCAGUCUCUAAGAAAGGCAAGAUUGAUUCACACAAAGUGGCACACAUUUCAGCUGUUGCAAUGCUGAGGCGGUCAGAUAAACGGCGUGACAGAGUGGAAAUUUCUCCAGAACAAUUGUCAAAUGCAUCAAACCUUGCUGAAAAGUUGGCUGGCCAGUUAAACCAGCCAAUGAGAGUAAUUGGUUGGUACCACUCUCAUCCUCAUAUUACAGUGUGGCCAUCUCAUGUGGAUGUGCAAACACAAUCAAUGUAUCAGGUCAUGGAUCCAGGUUUUGUGGGAGUAAUAAUUUCUGUUUUCAAUGAAGAUAAGUCAUCAAAGGAGCAGAAAAUUCAAAUUACAUGCUUCCAGUCUGUCACCCAAAAUCCACAUGGAGAUUCUCCACAAUUCAGACAGCUGGAAGUACCUCUACAUAUAGAGCCAACGGUGUCACUAUCUACACCAAAUAUUCAGUCAAUGGCGGUACUGCCAGAAAUUCUGUUUCAAGAAGAAAAGGAUAGCUAUGACAAAACAACAAAGAUUCCUCAUCUGAACUACAUUGCACAGUUGAACAACAGAGCAGUACUAACCCAUGCCCUCUGCCGGAUUACUGAGGCCGUAUCUGGACCAUUACUGACAGCUCUGGAAAAAAGGAUAACUGCCAAUGAGAAGCGGUGUCAAGAGCUACAGCGUGAAAAGGAGGCCCUACUGAAGUUAAGAUCGUCCAAUCAAUAGAGACUGCUUUACCUGUGAUAUGUGGAAACUCUGUGCUUGUGUUGUUACAUGGGGAUGCAAUGUGGACAAAAUGAAUUUAAUAUGUUGUGUAUACCCCCAAAUUACAAUAAAUGUCAGCUAAAAUCCUCUUCAGGAAAAUCUUGAA